AUGCCAAUUCGUAAAGAAACUACACGUCAUCAUCUUAGAGAUAUAAUACACAAGGAAAGAAUCCAAAAAGCGAAAGAACGUAGAAUCAAGCGUAAACAACGAAAAGAAAGUGGUGCGCCGGCAGGAAUUCCUCAAACUCUCGAAUCACUUAGAACAGUUGAUGAAACGAUCGUUCCUAAAGAUGAUGAAGAAGUUGUCAUUGAACAUGAAACAGAUGAGUUUUCAUCUAUUUUUAAUGGAGAAAUUACACCUAAAAUUUUGUUGACUCAUUCUGAUCGUGUUUGUCCUAGGACAAUCGGGUUCUGUAAAGAAUUAAGUAUGGUUAUUCCAAAUGUUCAACUUGUUGCACGUUGGCAUUUACCUCUUAAAAAAAUUAUUCCCAUGGCUAUUGAACGUCAAUUCACUUGUUUAAUAAUUGUUAAUGAAGAUCAGAAAAAAAUUAAUACUUUAGUAGUUAGUCAUUUACCAAAUGGACCAACAGCUACAUUUCGUUUAACUAAUGUAUUACUUCGUCGUGAAAUGCGUUCUGCUAAAAAAGUUAAAUAUAUUGAAUCGAAUGUAAUACCACACUUGAUUACUACACGUUUUAUGACACGUCUUGGUCUACGUACUGAACGUAUUUUAAGUUCAUUAUUUCCUAAUGAAAGUCGUUUACCACCACAACCACAUAGUAGAACAAUUGUUUUUCAUAAUCAAAGAGAUUAUAUCUUUUUUCGUCAUUAUCGUUAUAUACAUCGUAAUACAACUAAUGCUCAUAAUGAUGAUGAUGAUGAUGAGAAUAAAAAUGAAGGUAAACAUAACACUGAAAAUAUCACAAUGAAUGAAGUUGGACCAAAAUUCACAUUGAAAUUACGUUCAAUUCAAUUAGGCACAUUUGACAGUCAAUAUGGUAAUUAUGAAUGGGUUCGUAAACGAACAGAAAUUGGUCGAAGUCGACGAACAUUUGUCUUAUAGUUGAUAAAUAGUAUGCUUUUUCUAUUGUAAAUAUAAUUAUUUAUUAAUUUAAUAAUAUGUCUGUUUAUUUAUUUGUUAUAUCUUGUGACCGAGUGGAUGCCUAGUUAAUGU